CCUAUAUUCUACAGGCGCAAUCAUCCUCUCCAAAUGGAUUCGAGUUCCUAUCUCUGAACUUUUCUGGCAAUAUCGAUGCUGGGAACCCGCAAUAUUCGACGCUAGCCCAGCCGGGUCAUUUUUCGAGUGACAAAGAUGGCGGGGCUAUUGUACCGGUUAUGGAUAAUGAGGGCAAUCUGAAGAUCUAUGCGGGAAGUUGCAAUUCAUCUGCAGGCGAUGGAACUGUGUGGCAGUUCACCCCAAGCAAUAGCAGUUUGACAGGAGACGGGGCGUGGGCGAGGUCUUCUAUAGAUAUCGGCAAUAUAGCCGCAAGUGGGCAGAUCUCAGGUCCAACCUAUCUGGCUGCUGGGUUUGCAUAUUCGAUGUACAAUGGUUCAUCCAGCUCGCUGUACAGUUUCGGUGGGAUGUGCCCAUGGAGCUCUACGUCCGGCGAAAGUUGGGUUUCCGCGGCCAACUAUUCCCGUUCUAUGGUUGUUUUAAACCCCUCUGAUUCUGACACGGAUACAAUAUACGAUGCUGAGAUCAGCGCUGCGAGAGGACCCCCAGUUGCGGAAGCUGGCUUUACUGUUACGCCGUUGCCGGUAGCCUUUUCGAAUACGUCCACGGGAGAAGUACUUGAGCAACAGAGCUUCAUUUUUAUCGGCGGCCAUACUCAGAAUGCAUUCAUCAACAUGUCGGGAAUCGCGGUCUUCUCACUCCCAGAGAGUAGCUGGACCUAUGGCAACGUUGCUCAGCCAGAUGCAGGGAGAUCAGAGCUCGCAGUUCGUGGCAUCGAUGAAGUGGAACCAAGAUCAGGACAUUCCGCUGUUCUCUCGCCCGAUGGAAGCAAGAUUAUCGUGUUUGGUGGUUGGGUUGGUGACACGAGCACCGCUGCUAACCCACAAUUGGCCAUUCUCGAAGUAGAUGAAGAUUAUGGUGGCACUGGAUCGUGGACAUGGAAAGUUCCUUCUCAGGGGGCAAACGGACUGCCUCAAGGCUCUGGUAUCUAUGGUCACGGAGCAACACUACUUCCUGGAGAUAUCAUGAUGGUCGUGGGAGGUUACUCAAUUCCAUCCUCAUCUAACAAGCGAUCCACGUCCGAGCCUGUUCCGAACUCGCAAGUCUAUCUUUACAACAUCACAUCCAAUACCUGGUCAUCAUCAUAUACUAAUCCGUACCAACAACACCAGCAAAAGCCCAGCUCAAAGUCUGGUCCGCUUUCAUCCAAGUCGCAAAAAAUAGGGCUAGGAGCAGGACUUGGUGGGGGUAUAAUUGCUCUGGUGUGUAUCGCGAUAGUUUUCCUUCUAUGCUGCCGGAAACGCAGAGCCUAUAGAAGGUCCAGGGAUCGGGAGCUUCGUAAGCUGGCCCUAGGAGCAGAGCGUGAUCACUUCUGGAGCGAACCAGAAAUGUCCUGCAGCAUUCGCUGUCCCAUUUCAGAAACUGGCAAUAGAAAUGCAUUAGGUAUCUACGCUGAGAAUGCCUACCCAUGGACUGGCAAUAGGGGCUUCGGCGAUGGUCCCCCUUGGCAUAAGGCUGAGAAUUCCAACGCCCAGGGAACUGGGGCAUUCGUGGAUGUGCCGAGUCCAACGCGUGGACUCAGGAAAUCCAUGCACUCCCGGCCUUACCGUUAUCAACCGGCAGUACAAUGCGAUGAGCCGAGAAGGCCAGGUGUCUCUGCAGUCAUCCCUCCCAUUGAUGAACAAGAGGAAUAUGAAGCUCACCCCUCUGAGCAGCAGGGUCUAAUAGGUCACGAUGCGAGCAAUCGCAACAGUCAGAUAUCACAGGGGAGCGAUCCUUUCAAAGACCCAGCAUCAUCUCCAUUGCUACAAUUAUCUCCUACGAAGAACAGGCAAAGCUGGAUGAGCGACGGGGAGUCUGUGUCCGGUCAUGGCUCUCCGGACGAAGCUCGAAGCGGAUCUCCAAGCAAAAAUGAAAAUACAGCAUAUAGUCUGUCGGAGUCAUCUAAAUCACAGUCUCUAUUCAUCGUCCCGAACGACGGGAGUGAUGACUAUCAGAGUCCUCCGAUACACGGCGAGUCGUCUGGAAUGGCUAUGCUAGAUCAGGAUCUGGGACAGAUGAACGAAACUCCGCAUUCUACAGAGAGAGCUUCACUUCGGUCCUUUAGCAGUCAAACACAGGACCAAAGCAGCUAUACUGGUAUAGGCUUCCCCUUUGAGCAGUCUCGAACAGCUGAUUCAUUCACGACCGCACACACAUCCUUUCAACGAUCACAAACCGAAGGGGAAUCCCUGCUUGGUAGAGACUCCGACUGGGCUACGCCACCCGAAUCGCCCGUUCUUAAAGGUUCGGGUGGCACGAAAGACAAGGCUUUCAGUUGGAUAGGAAAUGUCCGCAAAGCCUUUGGACGAGAUGCCAAAGAAGGGUACCUUGACAAAAGUUUAGCUGCGGGCGACCAGAUGAGCACAUCCUCUGGUUCAGCCAAUGAGACAACAUACGAGUAUCAACUACCACGAAGAGCCGUCAGUACUUCUGCCGCUGUCUUGAAACGCAGACGAGGGGCGAAGGACUGGGGUGCGGGCGAAGAAGCUUCAGGCGAGGCCUCCCGCUCCUUAUCUCAGACUGUCAAGUUCCCCAUGCAUCAUUCUAGAGGUGAAGACACGUCUAACGAGGAUGACGAGGACUGGGAUGUCGAGGCUGCUGCAGAAGGUAGACUGGUCCAAGUGACCUUCACAGUACCUAAGGAGAAGCUCAGAGUAGUCAAUGCGGGAACAGGUGAGAUCGAUGAUGACGAUAUUUCUGUUAAAUCCAGCAAGGCCGUACCACAGCGGAUAUCUUCAAGAUAAAUCAGUCCACCUUGACAGCGAUAUUCCAGACGAAUUACCCUUCUUGUCUAAAUUCAUGUUUCUAUCUUAUUUUUCAUAUUUUUGAUAUCCUUUUUCGCGCAGUUUGAAUUUGUUUGGCGUGUUGGUGAAGCUGCAGAGUCCCUCCUGGAGCCCCUGGUCUUCGGUUCAUAGGAUGUCUUCGCACCUGCCGGCUCCAUUUGACAUGUGCAUACUUACUUGGAACCUACGGUAUGAUUACGCUUAUGCCUCUCCGGAGCCGUUUCGGUUCCAAUUUUUGAGACAACGGCUGGCUCUUGGAAGGCGGACUCUGCACCUGUUCAUGUUUCGAUGGGUUAAAAUGACCGAUGAGUUUUUUUUGAAUGGCGCAUACUUAUCACAACUUGAUGGAUUUGGCGAAUGUUUGCUAUUUUUCUGACUAUUGAG